AUGCCUAGAUUUGCUCAGUUAGUAAUUGGACCAGCUGGUUGUGGUAAAUCCACUUAUUGUAAUACAAUGCAAACACAUUGUGAAACAUUAAAACGAAGAGUUGAUGUUAUCAACUUAGAUCCUGCAGCUGAAUAUUUUGAAUAUACACCACUAGCAGAUAUCAGAGAUCUUAUUCAUUUAGAUGAUGUAAUGGAAGAUGAAGCAAUACACUUAGGUCCAAAUGGUGGACUUGUCUUCUGUUUAGAAUAUCUUCAACAAAAUUUAGAUUGGUUGGAUACAGCUAUCGGUGAUAUUGACGGUGAUUAUUUAUUAUUUGAUUGUCCUGGACAAAUUGAAUUAUACUCACACCUGCCAAUUAUGCCAAGAAUCAUUGAAUAUAUGCAAAGAAAAUGGGAUUUUCGUUUUGUAACCAUAUUUAUUCUAGAUGCUAGAUUUCUUGUUGAUUCAUCACAUUUUCUAGCUGGUGUCCUCUCGGCUCUGUCUGCAAUGGUAUCAUUAUCUACAGCACAUAUUAAUGUCAUGUCAAAAAUGGAUUUAUUAUCAGAACAAAAACAAAAAUAUGUUAUGGCAAGAUAUUUAAAUCCUGAUAUGGAUUAUUUUUAUGAUUUAAAUCAAGUAUUCGAUGCAGACAAUGAUAAUGAUGGUGAUGGUGAUAAUGAUAAAAAGAAGAAUGGUAUUGAUAAAGACAAUGAAGAUAAAUUACCCUUCAAUAAAUUAUCCUAUGCAUUAGCUGAUUUAAUUGAACGUUAUAGUGUAGUGCAUUUUUUCCCAUUGAAUAGAGAUAAAGAAGAUACAAUAACUGAUUUAUUAGUACAAAUUGAUCAUUGUUUACAAUAUGAUGAAGAAGUUGAUCCAUCGAAUCGUGCUUUUGAUGAUGCUGAACAAGAAUUAAUUGGAUUUCAAGGUGAUGGUGACGGGGGAUGGAUUCACGGGACUCUGGAUAAAAACAACAACAACACAUCUUUAAUGCUGAUAUGCUUGUAUAUAAAUAUUAUUUCAAUAAACUAUGAAGCUCUCCUAAUACCAACUGGUUGUAUAAUCCUCUGGUUACUUGAAAUAUUUUGCCAGUAUGUUAACUCUCCGUCUCACUUGCAUUUAUUUCUGGAAACUAUUACUCAUGGAUUAACGGGUUGUCUAUUUUGGUUGUGUUGUUUAAAAGCUAUACAUAAUAGACUAUUAGACGUUACAGUGAACUGUCAAAGGAUUAUAAUGAUUACUGAAUCAUGUUUUUUGGCUGGUGUUAUUGCUGUUCUCCCGGAUAUUGAUCAUUUUAUAGCUGCAAGAAGUACAAGUAUUGAACUUGCUCGUCAACUUCCUGGUAGACCAUUUUUACACUGGGCUGGUAUACAUUUGAUUAUUUAUACAAUCCUUAUCAUCGUUUCAUUUUGUCUACCAUAUGUAAAUUGUUUACCGGGACAGAAAUAUUUCUCUAUUUUGUGGUUAGUUUUUAUCUCCUAUCUUAGUCAUAUUGUUCGUGAUGCAAAUCGACGUGGAUUAUGGUUAUGGCCACCACCAGAUUAUCGUACAGGCAUGAUGAGUAGUAGUACAUCAAAUUCUUCAGAGUAUAGUAUACACUUUCCUAAUGAUUUGAGUAUUCUAACACCGCUUAG